UCCAUUCUCACUGCUCUUUUCCUUUAUUUCAGUUGCUGGCUCCAGCUGAGGAUUCAGAAUGGGAGACAAGCCCAUUUGGGAGCAGAUUGGUUCUAGCUUUGUACAGCAUUACUACCAGUUAUUUGAUACAGACAGGACUCAAUUAGGAGCAAUAUAUAUAGACGCCUCAUGCCUUACGUGGGAAGGACAACAAUUUCAGGGCAAAGCAGCUAUUGUUGAAAAACUCUCCAGCCUCCCUUUUCAGAAAAUACAGCACAGCAUCACUGCACAAGACCAUCAGCCCACACCCGACAGCUGUAUACUCAGUAUGGUAGUUGGACAGCUUAAGGCCGAUGAAGAUCCUAUUAUGGGAUUCCACCAGAUAUUUCUAUUAAAGAACUUCAAUGAUGCUUGGGUUUGCACCAAUGACAUGUUCAGGCUAGCGCUGCACAACUUUGGUUGAGACGGCAUCCCCGAGGCACCUGUCAUUUUUCUUUUUCUCCUCCUUACAGAUAUUAAUCACACUUAUGGAACAUUCCAAAUAUCAUACACAAACCCGCAACACCACAGCGAGCGGACUAGCGAGCGAGAUCUCCACCAACGUGCCCUCCUGGAGAGUUUUCUGUUGUGUCACUAGAAGAGUUUCUUGUGCAUGAUGUUUGGAAGUUUAGACUUAGCUGCAUUUGGCAAGGGAAAUGUGUGUCUUACCAGCAUGCCUCGGGAAGCAUCUAUAAUGCAAAAAAAAAAAAAAAAGGUUUUGUUUCUGUACUGACAAGUUUCUCUAAAUAACCCAAAGAAACAAAAAAAAAGGAGAGAAAAGAACAGCAGCCUGAAUGCAGCUCAGAUAUUGGGGUGGUUUUUUUUUGUUCAGAUGUUUCAGUGCUACAUUAUACAAUAAAACCAUGACAUUUUCCUAACAGUUUAAA